AUGAUUGGUUCCUAUAUUAGGAUAGCUACUUUCAUAUUAAUAGGAUUAAUUAAAUCUUCAAUCCAGUGUGAUUCAGCUACUUUGCAAGGAUGUUUAUUAGAUGAUAGUACUGAGACAAUAAAAAUGCCUCUCUUAGAUUAUACAGCUUAUGGAUAUGGCUUUUGGUUCUAAUAUUUGUCUACAUAGACUACAUUAUAUGAAAGCUUAACGACAUUCCCUAAAAUCGAAGGGUUAUUGAUAUUAAGGGAAAUAAAUCCUGAUAAUUCAUAAUAUAGGGUAUUCUUUUAUUAAGAUUGGACUAACAAAAAUGCUAAUUAAGAGAAAUAUUUAUAUUUAUAAUAUUAAAUAGAUAAUUAAAUGAUUGAAUUAGCAAAAUUUGUAUUUGAUUCAUUCGAUUUUGAUGGUAAAUGGAUUAAUAUAUAAAUUUCGUAUUAAUACCCUUAUUAAAGAUAAAUUAUUAUAUAUGAUAUUUGGAAUGAUAAUUGUUAAAUUAUAAAUUAUGAAUCUAAUAGUAAUUUAGAAAUGAAAGAGACAAUAAUUACAUAAGGAGGAGAAUUAAAAUUACAAUUAAAUUAAAAUGAUGAAAUAAAAUAAUUUGCUUAUUAUCCUGGAAGAAUUUCAAAAGUAUAGUUUAACUUCAAUAAAGAUUAUAUUAUUUUUAAUACAGUUCAAUAAUUUAGAUUAUUUCUUGAUUAAUAAUUUAUUCCAUAACCAUAUUGUUAAAUUAAUACAUAUGAUGUAACAUCAAUAUCAAAUUAUAUUUAUUCAUAUGGAUUGAUUUAAUUAGAAUCUUGGAUUAAAAUUGAUUACAAUUUGGUAAUAUAAUUAUAUAUAUAUAUAUCUUUAGAAUAUAAAUUAUUCAGCUAGUGUUUUUGGAGUUGAAAUAUUGUUUCUACCACAUCUUAAUUCCUAUUAAAAAAUAGUUGAUUUAUAAUAUUGUCUUCUUUAAGCAUGGACAUCUGAUUUAGCAAAUGGAGUGUAUUUCUAAACUUUCAAUUAGAUUGAUCCAGACUUUUAUCCAAAUUUACAUUAAUAUUUUGAUAAAUCAGAUAUAGCUUUCCAUACUUUAAAAUAAGAUUUAAGAUAAUGGCAUUAUGUUUCUAUUCUAUAUGGUUUUGAUAAAUAAUAUGUACCAGUUUCUAAUUUAAAAAUGUGGUUUAGUGAUGGGGAUAUUUAUGAUGUUUAAUAUUAUAAUAGAACUUAUCAUUUUGAUGGUGCUAACUUAAAAAUUAGAAGUGGAUAACUAUUUAGUGCUGCAUCUGAUGGUAUGUAUAUAACAACAGAGAGUAGUAAAAUAACUGUUUGUUUACCUGAAUCUUUUAUAUUAAUGAAAAGUAUAUAUAUUUUUGAUUAAACAAGAAUGUCAUUUCAGUUGUUUAGAUUGUAAUGGACCAUAUCUUGAUUAAUGUAUAAGUUGUGAUUAGAAGUCUAAUAGAUAUUUAGAAAAUAGUUAUUGUAAAUGUAGUCUAGGCUAUAUAGAAAGUAAUGUUGGAAAUUGUAUAUGUAAUAUAAAUUAUGUAAAGUAGAAUUUCUGAAUUUCUAUCCAAAUUCUAUUUAAGAAUAUAAUGCAAAGAAUUAAACACUAUCAUAAUUUGGAUAUUUUCCAAUUAAAGAAUUCAAUAAUGAAAUUAUUUAUUUACGUUGUCCUUAAUUUAAUGAAAAUUAAUCAGAAAAAAUAAGUUGUAUAGAAUGUUUAACUUAACCUGAAUCAUUUGCUAAACUAUUGAAAUGUGAAUCUGAUUAUGUUUUUAAUCAGUAUGGAUAAUAUGAAUUGAUUUAAAGAGGAAAAUAAGAUAUUGAAUUAUAUGUACUUGAUAAUUAAACAUCAUCACUUACUUUAUGUGUUGGAUGCAAUUCUAUUUGUAAUUUAGAUAUUGAAUCAAAUUGUUAUUUUCAUACUUUACUUAAAGUAUAUAUAACAUGUCAAUCAUAAUUCUAUUAUUAAUAAGGGGAAUGUGUUAUAUGUCAUUCUAAUUGUUUAACAUGUAUAGAUUAUACUAUUUGUACAUCUUGUAAUGAUUAAAUGACUUUGAAUCCAUAAAAUAAUGAAUGUUUAGAAUGUCCAAAAGAAUGUUUAGAAUGUGAAUAUAAUUCUAAUGUUUAAUGUAAUAAAUGCAUAGGAUAAUAUUCAGUAUUUGAAGGAUAAUGUUAUCCUUGUGGAAAAUAUUGUUUAGAGUGUUUAUUUGUAUAAAAUUCAAAAGAUGGAUCUUAUUAUAAUAGAUGUAUAAAUUGCAUAGAUAAUUAAAAAUAUCAUUUAUCAAUAAAUGCAAUUGAUUGUAUUGAAAAUUUAGAUAUUCAAUGUAAAUAUGCAAUAUAAUUUCAUAAAUCCUGGUUUAUGAGAAAUAGAGUAAAUACAUUAUUUCAUAUGUAUGAAAAAGGAGAUUUUGAUUAAAAUUAAUUAAUAAAUUAUUGUGCUUUAUGUAGUGAAGGAUAUGUUUCAUUACUAUCAGGAUAAUGUGUUAAAAUAGAUACAAUUACUGAAGAUAUUUAAUAUAAAGAAUAUUGUACAUAAAUGUAUUAAAUGGAAGUUUAUUAAUCAUUAUAAUUAAAUUAAUUAUAAUAUGUAUGUUUAGUUUAUACAAAUUAAUUAAGAUAAUCACUUUCAGCAUCAAAUGGAUGUGAUUUUUUAAUAUAAAAUUGUGCUUAUUGUUUCAGUAAUAUAUGUUUACUUUGUUAUCCUGGAUAUUAUACUGAAUUAUUUUCUGGAUAGUGUAUUUUAUGUCCAUAAGAAUUGAAUUGUUAUAAAUGUGAAUAAAGAUCAAAAUAGUGGAAAAAUGGUUGGAAAAUAUGGUAUGGUAUUGUUCAUAUGAUGUUGAAACGUGGAGUCUUUUAUGAUGAUAUAUUUGGAAAUGAAUCAUAAGAUAAAUUAGAAAUUGUUUGUAAAACUUGUACAAUAGAUUUUGAAUUUUAUCUAGAUAAUUGUAUUAGAAAAUGUCCAGAAAAUUGUGAACAUUGUAUAAAAAGUAAUGGAUAAAAUAAAUGUGUUAAAUGUAAAAUGUAUGAAGAUCGACGUUUGUCUCUAUAUGAUGGUAAUUGUAUUGAUUGUCCAAGAUAUUGUUAGAUUUGUAAACCAAAAACUAAUACUUAAUUAUAAAGUGCAAAUCCAUAUUUCUCAAAUUCAAAUGUCAAAUCUUCAACACAUACUUGUCUUAUGUUAUAAAAUGGAUUAAGUUUUUAAGAUUAUUAUUAUGAUACUAAAUUUAAAUAAUUCUUUAAAUUAAGUGAAACUGGUACAGAUCCAAAUACAAUUAUAUUGAAAUUCAAUCUUUAUUGUAGUUCAGAACUCUUUAAUUAACAUUUAGAAUUGGCAUUAGAUAAAUAACAUUUUCUACAACAAAAUAUAAAAAUAGAUGAACUCUUAACCAAUAAUAAAUCUUAAAGUAAUUUUGGAAGAAUUGAAAAUCUAAAUUUAUAUACAUAUCUAAGUAUUUAAUAGAUUUAAGAAGUUGAAUUAUAAUUUAGUUUCAUUUAAGAUUGUAUUAUAGAAUUUCACUCUUAUAUUUUCACUACUUUAAUUUAAAAUAUCUAUUUUGUCACUAAAGCCAAAAUUACAUUAUUAGGUAAUGGAUAUACAUUAUAUCUUAAUUCAAAUCUAGAAAUACUAAAUUUUGAAUCUAUUCAAAUAUAAAAUUUAACUAUUUAACCUUAAUCAAAUGUGAAUAUUCAUUUAUAAUCUUUAAGUGUUUUAAAAGUACUAUUUUAUUCAGUAAUUAUUCAAUAACAAUAAAAAUAAAAAGAUUAAAAUCCAAUAAAAUUUAAUAUUUUAUCCACUAAUCUUUAAGAAUUAUGGAUUUAAAACUUAUCUUUAUAGAAUUUAAAUCUAUAAUCUGUUACUAGUUUAUUUUAUUUAGAAUAUACAGUUAAUUAAUAAUAUAUUAGUAUUAAUAUUGAUCAAUUUACUAUUUAAAAUUCUAAUAUACACAAUUCAAAUAUUAUUUUAUUAGAUAAUUACUCUUAAAAAACAACAAAUUGUUAUUUUCAUAAUAUUUUAAUCAUUAAUUCCAAUAUUUAUUCUAGUAGAUUUUUGACAACUUUAAAUAAUUAAUAUCUAGAUAUAUUUGGAUCUAUAUCCUAAAUAUCAAUCUAAUACUCAUUUUUAUAUGAUAUUCAACCUUUAUUUCUGAUUUUUUAGAUUAAAAGUUUAUAUAUAAAUGGAAUCUAUUUAUUAAAUUCAACAUUUCAAAAUUUUAAUCUAUUUUAAACAACUAAUGAAUAAAUUAAUAAGAAUUAUUAUAUUAAAUAUUGUAAUUUAUAUAAUAGUUCAAUUAUUACUUCUAUAUAAGAUUAUUAAUUUUAAUCUAUUAUUUUAGAAAAUAUUGAAAUUAUGUAAGUAUAUUAUGAUGACAAAACCAUAUUUAUGAAUUUAUUAUCAAAUGAUUUAAACAGUACAGUUAAAUUAUCUAAUAUUAUUCUAAAUACAAUUACUAUUUUUGAUACUAGUUAAUUAGCUUUAAAUUUAUAAUCAUUAUCCUCAAUUAUUAGAAUAUAAUCAAACUCUAUUCAAAUAUCUGAUGUUAUAAUUACAAGAUCAUCAGGUAUAACAGAAUUUUUAUUAUCCUCAGCCAUUAACUUAAUACUUUCAAAUUUUACAAUUACUUUAAAUUCUAAGUAUUUCUUUAAAAGUAUUAUCACUGAUGAGUAAUGUUCAUAUCAUAAAACAAAUUUUAAAUAUACAUCUACCUUAGCUAUUUAAAAUGUAUAAAAUAUUAGAAUUUAACACUUUUAAAUCUCUAAUCUAAUUCUUUUGGAUCUACCUAUGAUUUAUAUAAUUUCCAUUGCAACUUAAAUUAUUAGAAGAUAUGAAUCUAUUGUUAUUGAUUUCGUAAAUGUUGAUAAUUGCAUCAUCCAAAAGAGUUAGACUAUUAAUUAGAUAUCUGGAAUUCUUUUAUAAUCUGAAUAAUAAUUAGAUAUUUAAAUUAUGAAUUCUAAAUUUAGUAAUAACAUUUAUUAUUCACAUACUAAAGAAUCUGAGUCUGACUCAGCCUUAAUAUUUUAUAUAAUUGCAUAAAAUUCUAAAAUUUAAUUAUUUAAUUGUUAAUUUACUCAAAAUUAUGUCUCAUAAAGUGAAAAUAGUUUAUUAUAUUUAAAUAGUGAAUAAAUUGAUAUUAUUGAUUCAUCUUUUGUAUCAAAUAAUUAAAUUUAUGAUAAAUUUCUUAAACAUGUGAAUUGGAAAUAUUAACCUUAUUAUUUGACAUAACAAUAAAUGCAAAAUUAAUUUUAAGUAUCAUCUCAAAGUGGAAAUGGAUAACUAAUAGCCUCAUUAAUUUAAUUAAGAAAUACAAAUGUUUUAGAUAGUUUCUCAACUUAGGCAGGAUGCUUUAAAAUUACAUUAGAAAAUGAAGGAUAGAUACUUGUAAGAAAUUCUUAAUUUAAAAAUAUUUACACUAAAAUUUCUGAAGAAUAAUCAUUUGGUGGUUGCCUUUAUGUUAAUGAUAGAAGCAUCAAUAUCAAAAUAGAUAUAUUAGAUUCUAUAUUUAAUACAAUUAUUGGAACUGCUGAAGGAGGUGUUAUAUAUUUGAAACCAAUAGUCUAAUAAAUUAACAUUAAUUUUACUAAUGUUACAUUUUAUGAUAUUUAUUCAAAUGAUGGUAAUAUUGUUAAAUUUAAUUUCUUAAAUUAUGAUUAAUUACUUUAUAUGUAAAAUUGUAGAAUUUUAUAAACAAUAGAGGGUUAUUCAAAAUUUAGGUCUUUGUUUAGUUCAUUUUAAAAAUAUGAAACUACAAUGAUUUCUAUUUAGUUAGGAUAUUUAGUUUUAAGAGAUAUAUUUGUUCAAUUAUAUUUAAAUAUCUUUUUAGAGUUGAAUUAUUAAAGCAAAAUUAGUUUGACUUCAAUUGAAAUAGAUUAUUCUUAUUAUUACUAGAAUUCAAUCAUUUUUAUUAGCUUUGCUGCAGGUAUUAUAAUAAUAUAAUAUAGAUUAAUAAUGCAAAAUUGAAAUAACUGGUCUCAAAAUCAAAAACUUAAAAUUGUAUAAAGAUGAUCCAAAAUUGGAAACAAUCUAAAUUAAGUAAAUAAUUGAUGAUUAUGAAAAAUUAUCAUAAGAUUGUCAAAAUCAAUAAAUACUAACAUUUAAAAAUUAGACUUAUAAAUUUAUAAAUUUAUUAGAUACUAUAUCUGAACCAUAAAAUUAUAUUGAAAGUUUAAUUUAAAUAACAAAUGUAAAAAAUAAAGAUUCAAUAUCUAUUAAAUCAAGUUAAUUUUCAAAUAAUUAUUGCUUAUUUUGUUAAUCAGGACUUGUUUUUAUUAGAUUAAUUGAGUUAUAAUCAGACAAUAUAAUAUUAUCGAAUAUAUGGUUAAUGGAUAAUUAAUGUGGUGAAAAUGGAUGUUUAUGCUUUGUAUAAGAGUUUGAAAGCUAAGAAAAUAAGAAAUUGUCUUAAUUAACUUUAGACACUAUGUUUUGCUAUAGAAAUUAUGCAAAAAGAGGAGGAUGUAUAGUUAGUAAAAAGGUUGGUCUUAAAAUAUCAAAUAGUAUUUUAAGUGAAAAUCUAGCAGUUGAAUAAGGAGGAAGUAUUUAUUAUGAUGGAGAGAUUACAAAUCUUUUAUUUCAAAAUAAUCUUAUUGUGUCAAAUACAGCAUAAGAAGGAGGUGCAAUAUAUUUAGGAAAUCAAAGUUUACCUGAAUUAAAUAAAACAUUCAACUAUUUGAAUAAUAAUACUGCGUAUAGAUAUGGUAAUAUUAGUUCAUCACAUUCAACUUAACUUACAGUAAUAUAUAGAAAUUUGUAAUUUCAAACUUUACAUGCAUUUAAAAAUGGGAAGAUUUAUGCUUAAUUAACUAAUUAAUCAAAUUCUUCAGAUUUAUAUCUCUUAAAAUUACCAAGUGGUUAACAAAUUUAAACUUAUCAAUAUUUUAAUAUACAUAAAUAAGAAUAUGAACAUUUACAUUUAAAAUUAAGAGUUUUAGCCUUAAAUGCAUAUAAUGAAUAACAAUAUCAUCUUAAUAAUAGUGAAUGUUUAAUUGAAAGUGGAUAUCAAUAAUAAGAUUAAUAAGAAAUAAUUUUUACAAAUAAUUAUACAAAUUAUAAUAGAAAAGUUUUUGAUUAAGAUACAUAAGAUUAUAAUUUUGAUGAUUUAAUUAUUUAUUAUGGAAAUGAGAUUGAUGAAUCUAAACUAAUUUUAUAAAUUAAUUGUAAUAGUGUAUAAAUUCCCAUUUAUGAAAAUGUAUUCCCUUAUUAGAUAAUGGAUUUAAAUUCAUAAUAUUAUUUAACAUUAUACAUUUAAACUUAUCAAUGUCAAUUAGGAGAAUAUAAGAAUUUAACAGAUAAUGCUUGUUAUUUAUGUGAUAUUCUUAAGAAAUAAUAUUCAGUAACUAUAAAUGCAACAGGUUGUUAAUUUAUGGAUGAAGAUACAAUAAUUUCAAUAACACCUGCUUAACUUUAAUUAAAAAGUGGAUAUUGGAGACCAUUUAUAAAUAGUGAAAUAAUUGAACAUUGUUAAAAUAGAAUAGAGAACUGUUUAGGUGGAUGGAGAUAAGGAGAUGAGACUUGUGAAAUUGGAUAGUUAGGGGCUUGUUGUGAAGCUUGUGAUUAUUACAAUAGUAGAGGACAUGGUUAAUAUAGUCUAAAGAAAUUGUAUUAAUGUUAAAAGUGUGAGGAUUUAGAUAAAUAAAUAAUUUAUAUCAUAUUAAUAACUAUUUGGUAAUGUUUAUUUAAAUAAUUUUAGGAGUUUGUUUUCAAUAUAUAUAUCAACAAAUGGAGUUGAGAAAUUGAUUUUAGAAUUAUAGAGAAAUAAAGUUGGAUCAAGAUAAUUGUUAAUUAACAAUAAUAAAUAAACUGGUCCAAUAAUGAAAAUGUUUAUUAAUUAUUUACAAAUAGUAGCUAUCAUAAUAAAUUUUAAUGUUGAAAUCCCAUAAGCAUUUAAAGAUUAUUAUAAUAUUGUUGGUAAUUCACAAACUAUGUUAUUAAUAACUACAGAUUGUUUUUUAGCUUAGUAUUUUUAAGAUGGACUUAUAUAUGUGAAAAUCAUUUAUAGUAUUAUUUGUCCACUUUUUUAUGGACUGAUCUACUUAUUUAUAUACUUCCUAUUGAGAAUCUUUAAUAAGAUUGUUUAUAAUUAAGUAAUUCCAACAACUUGUGUCUUAUAUUUAUUUUGUUAUUAUUAAAUAUAAGUGAUAUAAUUAUUGAUAUCUUCAUUAUCAUUUAGAACAUUAUCAGGCAUAAAAUGGAUAUAGGCAAAUUUGGCUUAUUAAUUUGAUACAUCAUUUCAUUAAUAAUGGAUUCCUUAUCUUAUCAUACUUACUAUUAUAAUUGGAGCCAUAAUACCAGGAAUAUUUAUAAUAUAUUUAACUAAAUAUAGAAAUUAACUUUAAAAAUAUGAUAUCAGAAGAUAAUGGGGAUAUUUAUAUUUAGAAUAUUAACCUAAAGCCUAUUAUUGGGAAAUAAUUAGAAUUAUCAUUAGAGAAUUGAUAAUAAUAGCUAUUACAUUUUAUUAAGAUAAUAUAGUAAUUAAAUGUAUACUAUUAUUUAUUAUUUAAUUUUCCUAUUUUUUUACAAAUUAAAUGGUUUUACCUUUUAAAACAAAACCAUUAAAUUAAUUAGAAUAAAAGAGUACUUUGUUAUGCACUUUUACAUUAUUUGCAGUACUUUCAUUAUCAUAAACAAGUAAUUUUUAUACUAUUGUUAUAUUAUCUAUAAUAAUAACAAAUAUUUAUUUAUUGAUAACUUUUAUAAAGAGUUUAAUAAAUGGAUAUUUAUAAUCUUAAGAAGAUUUAAUAGAUAAAAUAAAAGAUCAUAUUAAAUAGAGAUUGAAAUAAAAAUUAAAGUGUCAUAAAUAUUUGGAUAAUUGGUUUAUAAAUAAAGGUUAGAGAAGAAAGAUAGUGAUUGAGAGAUAUAAAUAAAUAAAGAAGUAUUUAUUUUAAGUAAAAUUAAAACUCAAUAGAAUAGAAAGAUAGAAAUGUAAUUAAAAUAAUAUUAAUUUUAGUUUCAUAAAUAUCAACUUAUCGUUCUUCAAGUGGUUUGAUAAGUCCAAGAGAUUUCAAUAUAAUAUUUUUAAGACCAUAAUAAAUUUUAUCUACUAAUAGUGAAAAUAAUCCUAUUAAUGAUCCAUAAUCUAAUUUGAUUAAGAAAAUUAAAUUUAAAGAAUGA